AGCGCGCGGAGGGUGGCGCGCGCGUCAGCUCACGGGACACGAGGCGGGAUGAGGAGGAUCUUGUGUUGUCCACGCGCCGAAACUAGGUUACAGCGAGCCGCAGAGAGGAGAAGAGCUGAAGAACCAGGAGCUGCUGCGUUAUUAUUGUGUUUAGUCACCACAGCACCUCUGAGACUGCGAGAACUGUCAGAAAGUAGCUAAGUUAAUCAAAGCGUUGCUUUUAUUUGUUUGAGGUCUGCAGAAAAUCCAUAUGAGGAUUUGCUGUUGUGACAGUUUUCAGCUGCUCCUGUUAGGAGCGAAUACGUGCGCGUCGUUGUCAGUGUUUCUUUGCUUCAUCUCCAACUGGAGUUGUAUGACUUGAAGAGUUGAAAAUAUUCUACCGCCAUCAUGAGAGCUCAAAUAGAGGUGAUUCCGUGUAAAAUCUGUGGGGACAAGUCUUCAGGAAUUCAUUAUGGUGUCAUCACCUGUGAAGGCUGCAAGGGAUUCUUUCGCCGCAGCCAGCAGAACAAUGCUAUGUACUCCUGCUCACGACAGAGAAACUGUCUUAUUGACCGGACCAACCGUAACCGCUGUCAGCACUGCAGGCUGCAGAAGUGUCUCGCUCUGGGCAUGAGCCGUGAUGCGGUCAAGUUCGGCAGAAUGUCCAAAAAGCAGCGUGACAGCCUGUACGCAGAGGUCCAGAAGCAUCAGCAAUCCCAGGAGUGCGUAGGAGUCGGUGCCCAGGAGGAGAACAGUGACUUGGCCGACUUUGGCCGCAACUACAGAAGAGGCUCCUGCACGGCACUCAGCGAUCUGGAUGACAUCACAACGAUGCCAGAAGGGAUGCUCUUUGACCUGCCACUGACUCCGGAGGACGCAGGAGGAGAGUACUGCAACCUGGACAUGCUGGGCAGCAGCGCAGGCAGCGGCUCAUCCUCUCAAAGUUCACCUGAACAGACCAACUUGGACUUCGUAGAUGGCAACCACAGCAUCAAGCAUGAGUACCAGCUGUUGCACGAAUCUGGACUCUUCUCACAUGCUAUUUUCAACCCACUGCCUGAGGGCUGCUCCCUGCUUGAAAUAGAGCGCUUAACCCAGAGUGUGGUGAAGUCCCAUAUUGAGACGAGUCAGUACAGCACAGAGGAGCUGAAGAGGAUGGCGUGGACCUUGUAUAGCCCUGAAGAGACACGCUCAUACCAGACCAAGUCAGCUGAGGUUAUGUGGCAACAAUGUGCCAUUCACAUCACCAACGCAAUCCAGUAUGUGGUAGAGUUUGCCAAGCGCAUCACCGGCUUCAUGGAUCUCUGUCAGAAUGAUCAGAUUAUUCUCCUUAAAGCAGGCUGCAUGGACGUCCUUCUCAUCCGUAUGUGUCGGGCCUACAACCCCAUCAAUAACACUAUGCUCUUUGAUGGGAAGUUUGCCAUUGCUCAUCUGUUCAAAGCACUUGGCUGUGAUGACCUUGUGAAUGCAGUUUUUGACUUAGCUAAAAGCCUGAGUCGUAUACAGAUGUCAGAGGAAGAGAUGGCUCUCUUCAGUGCUGCUGUGUUGCUCUCACCAGACCGACUCUGGCUGACAGAUGUUCAGAAGAUCCAGAAGUUGCAAGAGAAAGUCUACGUGGCUCUGCAGCGCUGCCUACAAAAAGACGGUGCAUCAGAAGAGAAGCUAGCUAAGAUGGUGGCAAAGCUUCCCAUACUGAAAUCCAUCUGCAACCUUCAUAUUGACAAACUGGAGUUUUUCCGUCUGGUUCACCCUGAGACGGCGUACACCUUUCCCCCUCUGUAUAGGGAAGUUUUUGGCAGUGAGAUCACCUUCCCAGACUCCACAGAGGGCUAGAACUGUUCAGCUAAUUAGAAUGUUUUAAAUAGAAACACUGAGGUGUAGGGAGGGGGAGAAGAAAAUGUGGCAACCAGCAGCUCAAUGACAAUCCUGCACGCUACACUUUAGGACACACUCUCCUCACCUCCUGCCCUGCAAGCUACUCCGAUCAGCUUCGACGUAACACCACAGGAACUGCUGCUGGCUACUCAGCACAUGUUUCCUCUUUUUAACAGAAAUAACUAAUGAGUAGCCUACAUGAUUUGUAUUCUCAAAACUAUUUUUCUAUGAGGAGACAUUAAACCGCUCAUUCAGUUGAAUUCCUUUAUUAUAUAAAUGUCAGCGUUUCUCACAGUUCCUGUAAGCUAUUGUUGAAUGUAACCCUUUUCCCUUUAACCGCUCAGCACAGCCCAAGGCUUGUUGUAGAAUGUACAUACUUAAAAUCCUCAGCCACUUUGUGGAGAUUUGCAGUAAUGAUACCUGUGUCUGUUGUCAGUCUAGUAACAUAUUCUUGUUUCAUUCUAUCUUUUUGGUAGUGCCCAUAUUUUGCAGUUUUGUAAUGAAUGAACAAACUGUUUAAAGGGACCAUGAUCAAACUCACAAACAGACAGGGUUUUUCAAACUGCAUGAGUCUGCCAUUGUGCACCUACAAUCUUUUGCACACACAGCACAAAAUAUAGCACUUAUCCUGAUCUUUGUAGAAAAUUUCUACUGGCACACCCUGGACACUGAUAUACCUAGGUGGGCUCUUUAUUUUUUUAAUACAGUCAGUGACCUCAGUCCUUAUUCCUUUUCCCUAUGCAAAUGCCACUUAGAGAGAGGGAGAGUAAUCACAGAGCUUUCGUGAAAGUAUUCCUUUAAGUUCUUUUUUACCUUAAACACAGUAUAAAAACAUCCAUACAAUCCUGUAAGAUGAGAACAGCCGUGAAGUCAUUACGAGUGAGAGGGGGGAAAUCUUAUGAUUGUGCUCAGGUCUCUAUCAGACACUGCCUGCCCAAUCUUUGGUGGUCUGGGAUAGAAAGAUUGCUGUUGGGGAAAAUAAACUUACACAUAAUUAGCACUUACAAGUCCUCUUGAAUCCAAAAUAUACUCUUGGCACACAUUUUUGCGGGUUUGCACUCAAACUGCCAUCUGUGAAACCAAUUUUAACCAGUCACAAAUGCUAGAUACACCCUCCCACUGUAGAUCAGCGACCUGAACAAGGUGGGCAAACUGACCCCUGCUGGGUUUCAGUACGUGCUCUUAUGUGCACCACAGCCCCCUUCACAGCAAAGUGCCAUUACACAAACCAUCCAGCAGCAUCUCAACCAGCAGUUUUCAAAAGACUAUUGGAGUAAAAAACAGUGGGGCAUAGAAAAGAAAGUGAACAGGUGGGUGCCGGUAUUAAUUUAGCUCCUUUGACAUCAGUUAGAGGGGAUUUACUGUCUGCACCAACUCUCACUGAUUCAGGGUCAGGCAGGCAGUGCUGUCCCAGGCAGCCAUGGUGUUCUGAUUGGAGAAUUAUAUCCUUUGUUCCUUCACCCCUGCUCCCUAACUACCUCACCCUCCACAAACACUACACGGCAAAGCAAAGGGUUGACAGAGCCAUCAGCUACCCCCCUGAGUUAGUAUUUAUGCAUUGAUGCUGAUUACAAUUUAAAAUAUAUAACUAUGCUCUUAAAACUGGACAGAAGACUAAAGCAAAAUAAAAUGCUGGAUCUAACUAUACUUCUACUGCUUUUCUGACAGCAGUCCAUACCUUGAGGUUCUUGAUGACCUACUUA